ACGCGGGGCAGCCCCCGUUAAACGCGGGUCCGGAGCGGAGCGGCGCGCCGUGCCGUCCUGUCGCGCUGCCCGGCCCGCGGCCGCCAUGGGGUGCGAGCGCGGCGCCGCCCUGCUGCUGCUGCCGCUUGCCCUGCUACUCUGCCCGGGCCGUGCCGCGCCUCGAGUUAUUGAUCUUCUUUCAUAUGCCAACAAGAGAGAGGUAACAAGCGUCCUGCAGCAAGCACUUGGGGAUCCUACGCUGAAUGAAGUGUUCUUGCUUUCAGCGUUCAAACUGCAGCCAAAGAGCACAGCCACUGUAUUUGGCCUAUAUUCACCAGCUGAUGACAGGCAGUAUUUUGAGUUUACAGUAAUGGGACGGAUGAAUAAAGUGGUGCUUCGCUAUCUGAAGAAUGAUGGGAGGUUGAACUCGGUGAUUUUUAGCAACGUACACCUGGCUGAUGGGAAACCCCAUGCUGUCAUCUUGUGGCUGAGUGGCCUGCAGCAGGAACUGUGUACAAUAGAGUUGUAUCUGGACUGCCUCCAAGUAGGUGCCAUUCAGGACCUGCCAAAAGCAUUUUCAACUCUAUUGGAGGGAUCGGCCGCAGUAGAGUUACGCACCUUCCUGAAGAAACCAGAGGAUACACUGGAUGAGCUGAAGCUGGUAACUGGAGGAACGCUUGCCGAGGCAAGAAACCUGCAAGAUUGUUUUCUUCAACAGAUUGAAUCUGCUCCUCAGUACACUGGUGAUUUUAAUAGGCAGCUGAUGAAUCAGAUGGUGCAAAUGAACCAGAUACUGGGAGAGGUGAAAGACCUUCUCAAACAACAGGUCAAGGAAACAACCUUUUUGAGAAAUACCAUAGCUGAGUGCCAAGCAUGUGGUUUGGGAGCUGUGAAUUUUCCAACUCCGCUUCCUAGGCAGAGCAAACCCAAGUGUGAAACAAGUUCCUGCUUCAGGGGAGUCAGAUGCAUGGAGACAGCUGAAGGAAUUCAGUGCGGCCCAUGCCCUGAGGGACUCACAGGGAAUGGAGUGACAUGCUCUGAUAUUGAUGAGUGUCGUUACAGCCCCUGCUUCCCUGGAGUGCGUUGUGUGAAUACUGCUCCAGGUUUCCGUUGUGAGACCUGUCCCCCGGGAUACACAGGACAAACUUUGCAAGGAGUAGGACUCAGCUAUGCCAAGAACAAUAAGCAGGUCUGCUUAGACAUUGAUGAAUGUCAGAAUGGCGGCCAUGGGGUCUGUGUUCCAAAUUCUCAUUGUAUAAACACUUUGGGCUCUUAUCGCUGUGGCCAGUGCAAAUCAGGAUACACAGGUGACCAAAUCAGGGGGUGCCAGGCUGAGAGAAGCUGCAGAAGUCGAGCCCUCAAUCCAUGCAGUGCUCAUGCCCGGUGUAUUGAGGAAAGGCGGGGAGAAGUAACGUGUAUUUGUGGCAUUGGAUGGGCUGGUGAUGGUUAUAUUUGUGGAAAAGAUGUUGACAUUGAUGGCUACCCUAAUGAAGAGCUCUCCUGCCCUGCUGAAAGCUGCAGAAAGGACAAUUGUAAGUUUGUCCCAAAUUCCGGACAAGAAGAUGCUGAUGCUGAUGGGAUUGGAGAUGCCUGUGAUGAAGAUGCAGACGGAGAUGGCAUUCCCAAUGAGCAGGAUAACUGUGUCUUGACUCCCAAUGUUAACCAGAGAAAUAGUGACGAUGAUAUCUUUGGAGAUGCCUGUGACAACUGCCGCAGUGUCCUGAAUAAUGACCAAAGGGACACAGAUGGUGAUGGGAAAGGAGAUGCUUGUGAUGACGACAUGGAUGGAGAUGGUAUUAAGAACCUUUUAGAUAAUUGUCAGAGGAUCCCCAACCAAGACCAGGAAGACAAGGAUAACGAUGGUGUUGGUGAUGCCUGUGACAGCUGUCCUACAGUCAGCAAUCCAAAUCAGUCAGAUGUCGACAAUGACCUGGUUGGAGAUUCUUGUGAUACCAAUCAGGACAGUGAUGGCGAUGGACACCAGGAUAGCACAGACAACUGCCCCACCAUUAUCAACAGCUCCCAGCUGGACACAGAUAAGGACGGGCUGGGUGACGAGUGCGAUGAGGAUGAUGAUAAUGAUGGCAUUCCUGAUCUUUUGCCACCAGGCCCUGACAACUGUAGGCUAGUCCCUAACCCAGGGCAGGAAGAUGAAAAUGGUGAUGGAGUUGGGGAUGUCUGCGAGUCUGAUUUUGACCAGGAUACAGUAAUUGAUCGGAUUGAUGUCUGCCCCGAGAAUGCAGAGAUCACCCUGACGGACUUCAGGGCCUAUCAGACUGUGGUGCUGGACCCAGAGGGAGAUGCACAGAUUGACCCCAACUGGGUGGUUCUAAACCAGGGCAUGGAAAUCGUGCAGACUAUGAACAGUGAUCCUGGCCUUGCUGUUGGUUACACUGCUUUUAAUGGUGUUGACUUCGAGGGCACUUUCCAUGUGAACACAGUGACAGAUGACGACUACGCUGGUUUUAUUUUUGGCUAUCAAGACAGCUCCAGUUUUUAUGUGGUAAUGUGGAAACAGACUGAGCAGACAUACUGGCAAGCAACUCCCUUCAGAGCUGUUGCAGAGCCUGGCAUUCAGCUGAAGGCUGUCAAAUCAAAGACAGGCCCUGGCGAGCACCUGCGCAACUCCCUCUGGCACACAGGGGACACCAGCGACCAGGUCAGGCUGCUGUGGAAGGACCCUCGAAACGUGGGGUGGAAAGACAAAGUCUCCUACCGCUGGUUCUUGCAGCACAGACCCCAGAUUGGGUAUAUCAGGGCAAGAUUUUACGAAGGCUCUGACCUGGUGGCAGACUCUGGUGUAACUAUAGACACCACAAUGCGUGGAGGACGGCUUGGAGUUUUCUGCUUUUCUCAGGAAAACAUUAUCUGGUCCAACCUGAAAUAUCGCUGUAAUGACACCAUCCCAGAGGACUUUCAAGAAUUUCAAGCUCAGCAAUUUGGAGUUGGGGAUAUUUAAGAAGUAAAAGCAAACUAGUAUUGCUUUGUUGUUUGCAGUAACAGUGUAUUUUAAAUCCUUAUAUGAUUGUUGUAAGAGUGCACACUUCAGCUUGUUCUUAUUGAUGUGAUUAUGUCAGACUUUUUUGUAUAAAAGUGAAAAUAAAAAGAAGACAAAAACA